UGUUCUUGUGCUGCGGGUUCACGCGUGGUUGGAAGCGGGAUGUGGUCUGCCUUAUCUUAUCGCACCCCGCGCCAUGACGCUGGCGGACCAAGCUCACAUCCAUCACCAAGACCUUCCUUCUCGUUGGUUUCGCGACAGCCAAGGCGAUUCCCUCAUUACCACCAAUUCGCUCUCCACUGGGCCAGCGACACCACUUCAGAGAGACCGCCACGUGUUUUUCUUCCGCAAUGGCCUCCUCGACGCCGCCCCUUCUCCUCACAAAGCGCCUAACCGCCUUCCUCUCCGCCAACACAUCCCCCUCCCUCCCCAGCCUGCUCAUCACCUCACCGACCGGCAAGCUCCUCGCCCACGCGUCGCCCCACCCCGUCUCCGUUCUGCGCACGCACGCUACCGUCGCGGCGUCGCUGCUUUCGAUCCACGCAUCAAAUCUCUCGCUAGAGGAGAGCUCAGAAGAGGAGGAUGAGGAGGAUGCAGAGGAGGUGUCGGCCAAGGAGGUCACCAAGCCACAGACCGUCACAGUCCAGACCGACACGGGCGUCGUCCUGAUACGGAGGCUCAACUGUGGGCUGCUGUUCGUCUGCAUCGGGAUACCGACCGAGUCGUCGUCCUCCUCGUCGUCCGCCGAGGAUGCGACCGUGCAAGCCCAACUCGACCCCGGCGAGGCAUCGACUUCCCUGACAGUCCCACCACCGACCGUCUCGACGAGCCCCAGCGAUGCGGGGAGUCACCUGAGCAGCACCGUUGGUACGAGUGCCUCUGUUGCCGAUGCCGUCAUAAGGAGACACGCAAUCGAGUUGGCGAAGUGGCUGGAUGACAAGCUGGGCACGUUGACAGUACCGGAUGAGGGCGUUGGCGGCGAAUAGACCAACAAGUCUUCGUAUGAGAGAAGGUCGAUUAUGUUUUCACGGCGUUGGGAUUGAUACCAAGAUGCAUCACGGGGCUGAGCGUUCCUUCAGGUGUAUAUAUAAACACAUUAUAUUCGGCGAGUAAUGAU